UUUAACAGCCCUUGCUCCAACAUGAAGUUGAUCAUCCUGGUCGUUUUUUUGGCUUUUCUUGGACUAGCGAAAUCACAGAACUGUAACAAUAAUUGCUCGAGAAACGAAAUUAAUUACCUUUGCGGGAAAACUGUGAGGAAUGGUAGGGAAAUUCGCUGUACCUACAAGAAUCCCUGCGAAAUGGAUCUGCAUGCCUGCCAAAAACGGGAGGAGUGGAGAAAAGAUACAACAGGUCGAUGCACACGGGACUCAGAGGAGUGCAGACGGUAGGGGGAAAAUAACCAGGCGCAGGAGAAGCAGCUGAAUAUUUUUAAGAAAUAUAUAAAUAUUUACACAAUUGACAGGGCGAAAUAUAAGAUGUAAAAUUUUUUGAGUCUCUGAAAACUUUUGUGGAAUUGAAUUUCAAUACGAGUUUGGCAAAAAGCGCGAACGGUUGUAUAGUAAAAAUGCAAUUUGUAUGCACGUUGGGCAACAAACUACUUCUCAUUUGUGUGCUUCUAGGGAUCUUCACAAUAGUUGGCGGCCAGCUUUUUACCUUGA